GAGGUCUUUUUAGAAAUCGGUGGUAAAUGCGUUAGUCUGCCGGUUGCUCGGCUCAGUAAGGAACAGAGAUGCUGUGCAACAAGAUCGAUCUUGCCUUCGUGCUCGGUUUACUCGCGUUUGUACACGGGAUGCCAGCAGACAGUCAGAGUAACGAGAGGCCUCCGCUGAUUGAGUUCACCAACGGUGGGAUCCGUUUCAAUUUCGCGGGCUACCAUGCUGCAGCCGGUUUAGGAGGUCUUCUAACCGGGUCGAAUACAGGCGGUGGCCUCCACGCCAGCGUAGGGACGCCAUGGGGCGGCCAUGCGGCCGCUGGUUUGGGCGGGACACUGAAUGGCGACAAUGCGAACGCUGGGGGAGGGCUUUACGCAAGAGCAGGGCUUGGGAACGGAAGACACGAAGCCGCGGCCGGAUUAGGCGGCUUGCUGGACGGAAGUGGGAGGUCUGCACCCGUUAGGGGAGGCCUGUACGCCGGUGCCACCACCGGAACCCGUGGACUCGGAUUCACAGCCGGAGAAAUACCCAGAGAUUUGUUCGGCGCUAGACCGAACGAUGGGCCGAGCAAUGGACCAAGCAAUGGGCCUAGUAAUGGGCCUAGUAAUGGACCUAAUGAUGGACCGAGUAGUGGGGCAAACGAUGGAAAAGAUGGAGAAGGGAGUAAUGGGAAAGGGCCGAGCAAGGGUACCUCGCAUAUUCAAAUAAUUUCCCGUUCGGGAAAGGAAAAGAAGAACGAAGUAUCUACGGAAGUUCCGAAACAAGAAGCUGAUUCUUCGACGAGUAAAGAGAUACGUGAAGUAUUGCCCAUCGAGCCGGCGCCUCUCGUUCAAUUAGCCCCUGCUUUACCGAACGAGGCGAACGAAAUCGUACAAGUUGAUGUUGUUCCUCAUCGAGGCAGAUUCUUUCAUAGGAAAAGGUUGAGGGGGUCUAGAACGAAGGUUAUAGAGGAAAAUACGGGAGAGGAUCAGAACAACUUGAAUAUUCAAAAGCGUCAGACAAUUUAUUACUCGGAUAAACCUGAUUCUUCGGACAAAAUUAUGACGAUACCGAGUAAUGGGAACAGUAAUGGUUUCUUCGAUGAUAUUUUUCAGAUACCAAUAUCAACGCUGAACGCUGUAAACCGGUUUUUAAACAACAGUUCUGGUUAAUUUAACUUUCGUGUAAAUGCCCAUUCCCCGUAUUUUUAUAUUUACAAUUAACGAUAAUGAAAUAUAAUUAUUCCAAGAGAAUAAUGGAUGAUAAUUCCUUAAGAAAUUUUCUUAAUAAAAUAUGUUAUAAAUAUAAUUAUUAGUCUUUUUCGAUUUUUAUUCUCGGCAUUUUAAAAAAAUUUAUCAUAAGUCAAUAAUUAGUCGAUAAGUUUUCGUUCAGAAUUUUAUAUUAUUAAUAAUAAACGCUAUUCUUAUCAUCUCUUUACGUUGUACGUAAUAAAUAUGCGUAACAUUUGAUUAAA